GUCGUCUUCACUUCCUUUACUUUUUUCGGGGGUUCUCCGCGGGGUCUCUCCGGGGCUCCGAAACAGGUGCUGUUGGUUCCGUUCUGCUGUCUCAGGCUCCGUCUGGACUCCCGGUACCGUUGGGGGCGUGGUCUGGGGGUUUUCCGCCAACGCUGGAACUUCUGGAUUAACGGAGCCGCGUGCGCGCGUGGGCUGAGAGUUUGGGGACCGCAGGAGAGAACCGGACCACUGACUGUUUGUUACCGGGUUCUGCUGGGCCUCGGCCCGGUUCGGAGCGACACAUUGGUGUCAGAAUGACAGGAAGAACGUUUCGGGGGUGGCACGCGCGCCGUGUGUUCUCGAGGAGGUGAUCAUCUGAUGGUCAUGACGUCACGCGUUUGGAUCGUCACCUGGCUGCCGCUGGUCCUUGGAGCUGUCGGCGAGCUUCCCGCCCCCACCCGGCUCAACCUGACCUCCAGGAACCUGCAGCACCUCCUGACAUGGGAGCCUGGACCAGGAACCCCCCCAGGAACCGCCUACAGAGUCACCAAGAGCACAGAGCGGGAUCCGGAGACGGAGGUGGACGGCUGUGGUAGCGUCCUGCUGACCUGCAACCUGACGGCGGCGCUGGGAGAAGAUCCGUUUGACAGCUACAACAUCCGGGUGGAGGCUGUGAACCAGACCUCGCCGGCUGCCGAGAUCACCAGGUUCAAGCCUGUGGAACAUCUGGACCUGCCGCUGCUCACCCUCACACUCCUCAACAGGAACCUCUCCAUUAAGCUGUGCCCCCCCCACAGCAACCUGUCCCACAUCUACAAUCGGAUCCAAUACCAGCUCCAGAUCAGGGAUGGCAGCAAACCUGCAGAACUGGUUCAGAUGGACCGGUUCUCCAUGGGGGAGGUGGUCCUGCAGCAUCUGUCCUACGGCAGGCGGUACUGCGUCUCCGUCCGCUUUGCUGACAGACUGGAGAAGAUCUUCUCCAACUUCAGUCAGCCUGUGUGUGUGGACACGGACAGCGUCUUCAGCACAGAGCUGCUCCUCUCCGUUCUGCUCUGCCUGCUGUUGACGGUUCCAGUCGUCUUCGUGGGUCUGUUCUUGUGGACCAGAAUCCUCUGCCUCAGCAAGCGGCCUUCAGUCCUGACAACCAUCCACCACCUGGAGAAGGUUCUGGUCCAGUCCCUCCCCGAGUUGGUGUCGUCUCUCCCCAGCAUCUGGCCCGCGGUGCCGCCGGGGGGGCAGAAGGCUCUGAGUCGGUCUUCAUCAGAAGACAGCGAGGAUGAGGAGGAGACGGACAGCAGUCAGGAGGGUUACAAAGGGCAGGGGGCCUCCAGUUCCUUUUCUUCAUCAUCUGGACUCAGACCGACACCCACCACCCCCCCCUGCCAAAAGAAAGCUCUGGUAACUGAGGACCCUCAGACGAGCGUUGAACCCCCAGUGAGCACGGCUGGGGAGGGAACGGAUGAAAGGAAGCUGCUGGACGGAGAGGAGGGGGCUCAGAAGGUGAACUUCCUCACAGUGACCUUCAGCUGGGAGCAGGAGGAGCAGCAGGAGGAGGAGCAGGAGGAGCAGCAGGAGGAGGAGCAGGAGGAGCAGCAGCAUCUCCUCUGCUUCAGCGGACCUUUAGAGGAAGGGGCGGGGCCAGAGGAAGAGCUGGCAGGAGAUGUUGUAGCCGCCCUGCCCCCCCAACAGGAAGUGGUGGAGGAAGAGGACGAUGACGGCUCCGGGUACAUGUGUCGCCCCCCAGCACAGAGUGUCUAGCUGUCGAUCAUCUGUGAUGUUUUAUACGGUGACGUGCUGAUGAUAAGGUUGUUAAUAAAGUUUUUAUUAGUUUUUUA